ACGGAAGUUUACGAACUACGUUAGUCAGUCGUAUGGUCAUGCUGGUUGUAGCCCAUGGCGGUAGCAAAGCGUAACUUGUUUAACUUAAGUUUAUAUCGUAAGUUCGUUUUUACAUAAUCGUAAUAUUGUGGCUGCAAACUAGGUUACGGAAAAAUGGAUUACUUCAUUGAGCCAGUAAAAUCAGACUGCGAAGAUAUACUGAGCAGAUUUCAGAGGACUGAAUCGGUGCGAUACGAGGAAUUCGCGACCAUCUGGAGAAAAAUGGACUUCCCCAGUAUAUUUUAUGGAAAGAUGCCAGCGAAUGAGACGAGAGCCUUCUGCCGUUUAGUCCUGACCACUGCCUAUCCGUUCCUCCUACCUCCGUACAAUUUCCAGAUUCGAGUUGGCGGACUGUAUUUGCUGUACGGCUUAUAUAACACACAACUUGCCGUACCUAAGGAAAAGAUUAGCAUUGCUCUGAAGGACUGGGAAAACAUAAUGAAGUUCCUGCAGGACGCUUUGAGUUCUCAGCACUAUGACGUCUGCUACAUCUUCAGACAGCUCAUCUCUGAUAAAGCCUUUUACUUCGCUGCCAUGCCCAAACAGCUGAUCUUCCAGGUGAAGAGGAAGCCCAAGAGGCAGGUCGUGUGCGAGGAGUUUCGGGAUCGGCCGGCGCGUGUGAAGGAGCUCAUCACCUCAGACACCCUGGAGGAGAUUAUGAAUGUGCAGGAACACUAUGAGAAGCUGAAGGCAGCCAUCUCUGCGACCCCUGGCCAGCCAGACCCAGCAAUCAGCCUGAUUAACAAGGACCUGGGAACAAGCCUGCAAAACACAGUGACUGGGUACCAGAAAUGGCUAGAUGGGAUGGCAGGUAAGAAGAAUGAAUCUGGAGAUGCAGUUGCUGAUCCUGGUGAAGGAACUUCUCAGCAGGGUGAAUCUUCUCGAAGAGCAGAACUGUUGGCAUCCAUCAAAUCCAAAUCUUAUGGCCAGUUAGUGGAGGCGUCUAAGUCCCGGCGGCACCGGCAGGUGGAGAUGGACCCGUUGGCCUCAGAGGCGGAGCGCAGCCAUGAGCCAACUCGGAAGAGGAUGCCGUCUCUGAAAGCUAGGACCAAGAAGAACCUGCUCAGCAAAGGAAAUUUGAAACAGGAAAUUCUGGAGGCUACCAAGCAGUGGCGUCUCAGCGUCACUGAAGAGGACAAAUCAGAGAGACCAAGACAGAAAGCACGAUUCAAAUACUAAAGCCUGAGAAGUGGAAGAAGAGGAUGCUGAAGAAGGGCCAUGCUUUCCAGAUGAAAGCUUCAGUUUAAGAUGAGGAGAACUCAGAGGGCAAGCGGUGUCUGAGUUUUUGUCUGGUUGGACGUCUCACAGGAAGCAGCUUGACCAUUCCUAUGCUGAUUCGUUGACAGAGUUCUCAAUAUUAAGGACAGAAGUCAAAACAGGACCUGCACAUGUACUAUAGAGUUUAUUUAUUUAUCGUUUGUUAUUGAACACCGUUUUAACCA